GGAGCAGGGAGGCAGCCAGGUGAAUAGCUUGCGAGUGGAGCAGCGGCAGGACAGAUUUACAGAGACUCAGGCACGGGAGAUAUUAGCGAGUUUCCUCAGCAGGUACCAAUCUCCAGCCAGUGCACGUCUUAUUCUGUAGCCUUCGCUCCGUCCUGCACCCGGGGCUGCCAUGCCCACAGACAUCAUGCACGCGGUGAGGAUGCACCCUAUAGCCGAGCUGCAGCACCCCAGCCCCGCGGUACCUCUCAGACUGCUCACCCGGGGGCCCGACUAUCUGCGGCGGCAGAUGGAAGCGUUGGGCAGCCCGCGGGCCAAUCUGAGCGCAGUGGAGAGACUGGCGGCCGAUAAAGCCAAGUACGUGAAGACCGCGCAGCAACAACAAGGUGUGUGUGGGGGCGGCGGAGGCAGCAGCACUGGGGGCAGCCGGGGGGAGGCCAGAGGGAGCUCGGCAUCAGACAGCAGCGGCAGCUCCAGGGGCAGCAAUGAGCAGGAGGGCACGGCGCCGGUGCGCAGGGGCAGCAGUAAGAGAUCUACUCGGCCCGACUCGCUUGUUAUCUACCGGCUCAAGAACCGAGGAGAAGGGCAGCAGCAGCAGCAGGCAGAGGCGGCCCGGCUGGGAUUAGUCAGGAGACUGUUCCUAAAGGAAAAACCCCCCGGCGGUGCCAUCCCGCGACCCCAGGACGUCUGCCCGACUGAAAGGCUUUCCCCGGGGAAGGAAAGAAGCGACUCCCGCUCUAGAAGCGGCCUCCACCGAUCCCAGUCCGACAUCAGCUCCCGCUACUCCCGCUCCUUCUCCGACUUCGAUUCGUUCUUCCAGUUCUGCGGGCUGGAGCCGGAGGUGGUGGAGGAGCUGGGCAGGGACAGGUUCAGCCCGGCCCGGGAGGAGAGGCUUCUGGCUCAGUCUCGGAUCCGCAGUGUCUCAGUGGCCACGUCUGAAAGCGGCAUGAGCUGGAGGAGCGACGGGGAGGGAAGCGCCGGGGGGCCGCUGCUGGAGGAUGAGCCGCUCAGCGGACAACUGCCCGGGGCCAACAGCACCACGUCUGUCAUUGAGCGAAACGCCCGGAUCAUCAAGUGGCUGUACGGCUGCAAGCGGGCCAAGGAGACCCGGGGAGGAUCCCCCGACCUGCCCUGAAUACCAAUGGGACUGGAGAGAGAGAGAGUAGUGACCGCACUACUGGGAUUGGCCCAGGUGAGCCGCCAUACAACACUGCCAUCAUCUCUGUGCCAUGGAUUAUAGUCGCUGUGUGUCCAGCACUGGCUCAUGCCCGGGGCCACUGGCUUUACACUUAUCGCUGUGCCAACACCUGUGGCCUCGGAUAUUCACACUCUGGCAUUCCUGUACAUCAGUCAUGUUGAAGGCUGUUGGUAAUUCUGUAUAGUAUUGUCCAGUCGUAGCCAAAACAGGGCAGGAUGGGCCCCCCUGUCAUACACUCUGUAUUUGAAACAUUUUAAGCUACCAAGGAGGGACAGAUGGACAAAAAAAAGCACCUGAAUCCUCUUGGCAACGUUGGUCAGAACUGAAUUGUUACUUGCCCUUUGUUGUGCCGCCACCAUAAUAAUAAUAAUGGCAGCCUGACCUUGUUCACUGGUCUGUACCAGGCUGGCACCGAUGUCUAUUGCAGAGCCCAGUACCCACUUGUAUCUCCUUAUCAAAGAAAGACAUUGAGCUCCCGUGGAGCCGUCUCUAUUCACCUUGUCACUGGGAACAUUCUGGAACCCUUGGUGGGAGGGGGGUGGGUGUCCUACAUACGCUGGGGGCUCCUGUCAGUCACCAGGUUCUGGAACUUUACAUGCGGCUGCAUAAAACUGACCUGUGUUCGCAUUCCAAAUACAUUCCAAAUACAAGGCCUGGCUGCUGCCUGUAAUCUACUUUUUAAUAGGGACACAUUCAUGUCGUGGUCGUUUGCACUUGAACCCAGCAGUGUAACACUUAUGCAGUAUGCUCCAUAUUGCUCAGUCAUGUUGCUACUUAAUAUAUAACCCUAUGUAUUACUAUUGUGUUGUAGGGGGGAGUCUUUUAUUACAGCAGCUUAUCCUUAGAAAUGAUACCCUGUCUACAAAAGCCCCUGCUAGACUUUCCCCGUCAUGGGGGUUCCUCGAUUCUCAUCAUUUCCCUUCCAUUCCCGCUGCAGUGUGGCAUGCUACAUAAACAUGUGUUGCAUAUGUUCAAAUGGUGUUAUUUUAUGAGAUUUACUUGCACGUAUUUGGAGGAUGUUGGUUUCCCCCCUUCCCAAUUCUGAGAAUUAUAUUGCAAGCCACAAGCUGCUAAUGGUACUGGUACUUCAACGAUGGUUUUGGUGGGACUCUGUGCAAACACACUCACAUUUCCCAGCCAGGUGAUUGUUUCCUACUUGGAGGCAUUUCAGCUUCGGCUGUUGGGACUGGCGAGACUUCUGUCUCCUGCCCUUAAGUGGGAGUCCUGCUUUUGCACCUGCAUAAUCAAAUAAAACAAUGUAUUUGUGCAGUAAAAUCUCAUGGAUAAGCAGUGAUCUUCAGCCUUUGGCCUUUGCUGAACUAUACAUCCCAGGCAUUUUGAUGCACACUGUUCUAGAGCCUUAUUUUAAUAAAUGCAGUUGUUCCCUAUACAUGCAGUGGCGUUAAUCCAGCGAGACCCACCUGAUAGUUGUCUUGUUCAUGUUCUUUUUUUGUACCCCAAAAUGUCACACUUAAGAUCCGAGAGGAGUUGCUCCAUGCACUUUUUUUUUGUCAGUGAUGUGCCAGUGCAUUGCAACAGGCAGUUUGUACAGGCUGGCACAGGCUUACCCGCACAGCAUUGUGGGACUAUAAAAAUACAAACAUUAAAACAAAAGAAGAUAAACUGGUGCUAUUUGUGUCUUGCAAAAAACAUAACACUGUGCUAAAGCAUUGAAUCCAAGAUGUGUGGCGGGGAGUUAGGAUUUCAGUUGCCUGAGCCCAGCUCAUGGAUUUGCUUCUGGAAUGUGGAGUUCAGAAAGCAGCAGCCCGGGGCAAAGCCAUUUGGUUCCCAGGUGGCCCAACUAUUGGAACUAGGAGAUAAAGAGUAGAUUGCCUUCAGCUCCUUCAGACACUGGCCUGGUUCUAGUAAGUUAGGAGAGUCCAUUUGGGGUUACUGCAGCAUGUCAUGCUCAGAGGACCCCCCCCCCCUAAAAAAAGAAAAACUGUAGUCACGAAAGCCCUAACCAGCAUAGUUCUUAUUUGUAAAUAUCUGGUGACACAUUUUGGGAAUGGCUGCUGCCUCAGGAUCCUUAUCUGAAUCUCUGUCUCUUGUAGCCUAGGGCCAUUUUUUCUUAUCUCCCCUUGUUCCAAGGGGGACAGUGAUCUGCCAUUUAAUCUAAUAAGACCCCUGCAGGGAUGCGCAACCUGUAGCCCUCCAGGUGGAGGUGGCUUACAAUAUGUCCCCUGCAGCAGUCAGGGCAUGCUGGGAAUUGUAGUUCUGGACAUAUAGCUGCUAUACCAUUGAGCACAGGACUUGUCCACCUUUUUUUUUUUUUUUUGCACUUAAGUGUUUUUUGCCCAUAUAUUACAUGUGCAAACAGCUGAACAGUGUCUACAUUUGUUACGCUUGUAGUGAAGUGACCUUCUCUUUGUUGGCUUAUUUGAUCUGGCAACUGGAGCAUGUAUAGGAAACAAACAGGCCCUUCACUAUUCCCCCCCCCCCAUUUACCGGGCAGCAGCUUUUGUUUGCUGCAGAUGUUUUUACUGUGCACUGGGGAUAGGCUAUAGGAAUAUUAUGGGCUCUGGUUAAAGGGAACCCAAUGUGAUUAUUUCUAUUUAUCGGUAGGGUCCAUCAUGCAUUUGUUUUGCCUAAAACACCCAGACAAUGUGCUAAGAGGUCACUGUGCAUUCCUUGCCUAGGUGUAUUUCUACAUAUGCGUGGGAGCUGCACUACUGCUUUCAAUGGCAGAGGCACUUUCUGUAAAUAUCAUAUAGAGCACAUAGCACCCUUGGUGUUUUAGAAAUGGGUGGCGCUGCCUGUCCGGUUGCCUGCAGAGAAUGCUUCUGUCAGGGUAAAUGUAUUGCACUGCUCUCAUUUUAAUGUUCUGUAUACAUAUAAAAUACCUAAUUAACUGUUUAAAGGUACACAGAAAUAUUGGAUACAAUUUUCAGUGGCUUUACUGCAUGGCCAGACCAAAUACAGGUAGAGAGGGUUAAGAGCUGCUUCCACUUUGCAGAUGGCCCUCUUUUAUUCUAUAUCAUUGCACAGAUAGGGUUCUGGCUGAGGAAAUGGCUAGACGGCUGCAAAAUGGAUUUCUACUGGAAGAUCAGAACUACUUGCUAAUUAUAGGCCUGAAUAGGAAAUCAUUUCCCUUUGUAUUGUUUCAAAUGUGCUUCUGCAUGCAGUGUGGGUGCCUACUAAUGGCAUUUAGCUUUCUCACUGCACCCAUUCUGUAGGUGCCCCAGUCUGCAUUUUUAGGCGCAACUGUAGAUUUAUACAGACCAUUGUGCUGGACCAUAUCUAUAUCUGUUCUACUGCUGCAACUCUGCUAAACUACAUCUCCCAGUUACCCCUGACAGCUGGAGUGUAGCAGCUAAACAGCCCUGAUGUACAUUCUGAACACUAGGGUAACACUGUCCAGUGGAAUGUAUGUGCGUCACUCCCGGCAACCCAUCCUAGGCUAAUGUUUAGCCCGGGUCUCCUUUAGAGGUUAUGUUUUAUGCAAUUGUGAACAUUUCUGACCAAAGUUAAUGUGUUUUUUUUUUUUUCUUUUGUGAACAAUACUGUAACUCAAAAAAAAAAGAAAAAGUUCAAUGUUCAGUCCGUGCUGGAUAAGUUGCAAAAGCUCAAAGGUCCAAUUUUUUUUUGUGUAUAUUUAAAUGCUUUGUGCAAUAAGUAUAUUAUUUGUAUAGUAUUCACUAUUGUAAAUAUUCCUGUACAGCAUUGUAUUUUUGUGUCCUAUAGUUUGUGUGCAGAUUGCUAAAUGUAUAUAAUAUAUCGGAAAUAAAAUUGUAUAGUUGUUGGUAA